AUGCCUCCAGUCUACAUGGGAGGCCCUCAUGUUCUGCGAGCUCUUUGGAAGAUCUCGCCGAUAAAUCCCACCACCUCACACUUUACCUACAUACUGGUAAUACACUUUAAACAUUGUGCGCCUCCUAAUCUGACCCAAACUAUUUAUUUCUCUCCACAGAUCAUCUUCUACGAGGACAGGAACUUCCAGGGUCGGCACUAUGAGUGCAGCACCGACUGUGCCGACCUGUCCCCUUACUUCAGCCGCUGUAACUCCAUCCGUGUGGAGAGUGACUGGUGGGUGGCGUACGAGAAACCCAACUACAUGGGGUACCAGUAUGUCCUGAACAGGGGGGAGUAUCCUGACUACCAGCGCUGGAUGGGAUUCAACGACAACAUCAGGUCCUGUCGCAGCUACCCACAUGUGAGUUCCAUGGAGUACCGAGGUGGAAACUACAGGAUGAAGAUUUACGAGAGGCCUGACUUUGGAGGACAGACGAUGGAAUUCAUGGACGACUGUCCCUCCGUCUAUGAUCGUUUCCGUUACCGUGACAUUCACUCCUGCCACGUGAUGGAUGGUUACUGGAUCUUCUAUGAACAAGCCAACUACAGAGGCCGACAGUACUUCAUGAGACCCGGGGAGUACAGGAGAUACAAUGACUGGGGCGGAUACAACUCCACCAUCGGGUCUUUCAGGCGCAUGAGGGACUUCUAGAUUACUCUCAAUAUGCACAAUAUUAUUCUGAUGAAAUACUUCA